ACCAGCAGCAGCAGGCGGGCUCUCCUCAGCUUCUUCUUCGCUUUUGGCACCAAUGUCGGAGGUGUUUGAGCCUGGAAGAAAUGGACUCUGGCAAUGCUCGAGUUUGAUCAUUCAGAGAUCCGACCCGUUGAGUCUGUGAAUGGCGCCAAAACAGGACCCUAAACCUAAAUUUCAAGAAGGUGAAAGAGUCCUGUGCUUUCAUGGGCCAUUGCUUUAUGAAGCUAAGUGUGUAAAAAUCAACAUAAAGGAUAAACUGAUCAAAUACUUUAUUCAUUACAGCGGAUGGAACAAAAACUGGGAUGAAUGGGUUCCUGAAAGCAGAGUUCUCAAGUAUGUGGACAGCAACCUUGCGAAACAAAAAGAGCUUCAAAAGGCCAAUCAAGACCAUUAUGUUGAGGGAAAGAUGAGGGGUUUAGCACCAAGCAAGAAGAUUGCUGCUGUGCAGCAGAAAAAUGUUGAUCUGAAAGUGAAAAAGGCAAAGCAAAAGACCCCAGGGCCGGGUGAAGGCACCAGCAGCGGAGAGACGCUGCAGGGACCCCGGAAGAAGAGGGCUCGGGUCGAUCCCACUGUGGAGAGUGAGGAAAUGUUCACCAACCGUGUGGAGGUGAAGGUGAAGAUCCCUGAAGAGCUGAAGCCCUGGCUAGUGGACGACUGGGACCUCAUCACACGACAGAAACAGUUAUUUCAUCUGCCUGCUAAGAAGAAUAUAGAGACUGUCUUGGAGGACUAUGCAAACUACAAGAAAUCUAAAGGAAACUCUGACAAUAAGGAGUAUGCAGUAAACGAAGUGGUGGCAGGGAUACGGGAGUACUUUAACGUCAUGCUGGGAACUCAGCUGCUGUACAAGUUUGAGAGGCCGCAGUACGCAGAGAUGCUGGCUGAACACCCGGACACGCCCAUGUCCCAGGUGUACGGAGCCCCCCACCUACUGCGUCUGUUUGUGCGGAUCGGAUCCAUGCUGGCCUACACUCCGCUGGACGAGAAGAGUCUGGCUCUGCUCCUCAGUUACCUCCAAGAUUUCCUCAAGUAUCUGGUAAAGAAUUCGUCCACCCUCCUGAGUGCCACAGAUUACGAGGUCGCUCCCCCAGAGUACCACCGCAAGGCUGUGUGAAAGCUCUCGGCACACUGCGCUCCUGAAGACACUCCUCUAUCACACCACAUGUAAAAUAACCAUUACUACCUUUUGAGGUCACGCUUGGAUGACAUUUUUUUUUCAUGAACUGAAUUGCCUCCUGCACAAAGGUCUCAGGAGCUUGUCACACUGAGGAAGUCGGAAAAAAACGUAGGAAACCUCUUUUUGUUAAUAAAAUGUCUCCUCUUUUCUCUCACCUUGUCCUUUUUCUCUCACCUCUUUAAAAAGACACAAGAACAUUUACAUUUUCUGUCGAUAAGUUACCCUUUCCACAAGCAGCUCUUUGGUGUUUUGUGCAUUUCACCGGAUAGAUAGUUACUGUUGCAUGUAUUUAUUAGUGUUCCUUCUGUCACAUAAGGUGCAAAUUAAUGCCGGACAACACGGUCAGCACUCAGCAGUUGAUGUUUUUGUAUUUUGUGGAUUUGUAUCAAUUUGUUAAAAAAAAAGUUACUUCCCAAUAUAAACUUUGUUUACUGUG